GGGAAUGCUGUAACGCAAGACCGUUUCAUUGUUGUUGGCACUGGCUCAACACAGUUGUAUCAGGCUGCUCUCUAUGCUCUCUCCCCACAUGAUGACUCUGGUCCUAUUAAUGUCGUCUCAGCUGCACCUUAUUAUAGUUCAUACCCUUUGAUUACUGACUGCCUUAAAUCGGGUUUAUAUCGAUGGGGCGGAGAUGCAAAGACAUACAGGGAAGAAGGUCCAUACAUUGAACUUGUCACUUCUCCAAACAACCCUGAUGGGUUCUUGAGAGAACCGGUAGUAAACAGUAGUAAAGGUAAAUUGAUCCAUGAUUUGGCUUACUACUGGCCGCAGUAUACGCCGAUAGCAUCAGCAGCUGAUCACGAUGUAAUGCUCUUCACUGCUUCGAAGAGCACUGGCCAUGCAGGGAUGCGCAUUGGAUGGGCUUUAGUGAAAGACAGAGAGACAGCUAGGAAAAUGACAGAGUACAUUGAACUCAACACGAUUGGGGUCUCAAAGGACUCGCAGCUUAGAGUAGCCAAGGUUCUAAAGGCUGUGUCAGACAGCUGUGGGAAUGAAACGGCUAAAUCCUUCUUUGAACACAGUUAUGAUGCUAUGUAUGAGAGGUGGAAGCUAUUGAAACAAGCAGCGAAGGACACUAAACGUUUUACCGUUCCUGAUUUCGUCUCUCAACGCUGCAAUUUCUUUGGCAAGGUCUUUGAGUUACAACCAGCUUUUGCAUGGUUUAAGUGUGAAGAAGGGAUUGUGGAUUGUGAGAAGUUUCUAAGAGAAGAAAAGAAGAUUUUAACGAAAAGUGGAAAACACUUCGGCGAUGACCAAAGUUAUGUGAGGAUAAGCAUGUUGGAUAGAGAUACUAACUUUAAUAUUUUCCUUCACAGGGUUUCAGUUUCCUCUAAUUCAACUUUGUAAGUGCAAUUGUGCAUGUGAUGAUGAUCUUUGCAACAAGUGUUUUCUAAAUUAUUGGAAUUUUGAAUAAUGUGAUGAAGAUCAAAAGGACC